AGAUGGAAGACGUGCUUCUGCGGCGCAGCUGGGAUUUUCCAUCAGUGCCAGAGCACCCUUGGCUCCGCCCGUGGGCAGGACUUCCUCAGCUUCACGCAUCUGGAGCUAAUUGGGGCAAUCAGGCCAAAGAGGGAUUUAAGCUCUGCGCUGUCAUCUCCUCCCUGCCAGUUCGUCAGCUACCUGAUGACCUAUUCUCCAGUGUCGACUGCUGCUCACCACUUGGAUCUCAGCUCCUUUUCACUUCACUGGGAAAUAUCUUCAAACCUCACCUGCCUGCCCUCCUGCUCACCCACCACUUUGGAUCCACUGAACCCCAGGUGACUGUAAAUCAAGUGGACCUUGGUCUAUCUCCCUCCAGAAUAGAGAACCUGGAAUGUUCCUGUGAGUCUUUGGUGGCUUUAGGAAGGCACGUUUUCCAAUACUUUCAAAAUAGGCUGGUGCAGUCCUACCAACAGCAGCCCUUGGACCUUGAUCAUAUUGAGUUCCUCUGCAUGAACGCAUCAACUCUAAUCUGUUCUCUUUCUGCUCAUAUUAAUGUUCCAUCACUGGUAGUUGAAGCUCUUCACCACCUCAUCUGCCUCAUCUAUUCCAAUAUGGAUACGAGAAGGUCUGCCAUUGUUGUUGACAGCUCAGCUGGUGAACGGGGGGGGGGGAGGCAAAGCUCUGUUUCAAAAGACCACAUCAAAGAUCUAAUAAAGAUGGACCUCUCAGUUCCUUGUAUCUCCAAGCUUUUGGGCAUUGUUACGACCCCCUCUGCUAGGCGACAGGUGGGGAGGAAACAUACACAAGCCCUCUCACGAAAUCAGAGUAAAUAAGGGGUUUUAUUGUAAACGUUAAACUGAAAACCGACGGGGCUGUUCAACAGACCACCGGGCAAAUAAUUGAUACACAAUGAAAAGAA